AUGUAUCUUUCGAAACUAUUAUGCAAUGCACUAUUGGCUGGUACUAGAACGGGUAAUCGAGUCAAGAGUCCGGCGACGAGAUUCACGUGCCAAGGUCGCGGGUCCGGCUACUAUGCAGACGUCGAAACCGGCUGUCAGGUGUACCACAUGUGCGACGGUCUCGGCAGGCAGUUCAGCUACUCGUGUCCAAACACGACACUCUUCCAGCAACGCAUGCUGAUAUGUGAUCAUUGGUACAUGGUCAACUGCACCAACUCCGAGGACGACUACGAUGCCAACCUCCUAAUAGGUCAAAGAGACAAGCCGUUCGUGUCCGAGUCGGAUAUGAGACUUCGCACUCCUCGCCCAGACAUUCUAUCUGUGCCUCCGAACAGUAAAUAUUAUGAUGGAUUGAGAGAAGCGAAAUCUAAGUUCCCGUCUCACCCGGGUAACAGCAUCGUUGGAAUAUCAGAUACAAUCAACACGAACGAAAAUGAAUUGGACAGUGACAAACGAAACUACAGACCGCCUACCUCGUGGUCUACUAGUUCCAAAAAGAAACAACCUUCGAUAAAUAAACCUGAAAUCGAUAUUGAUUCGAAUAAUCUUGCAAUAAAUAAGGUUAAAACUAAUGUUCUGAAAACUAACUCUAUAUUUUCUUCAAACAGCGAUGUAAAUCGCCCAUCUCUACUUUUAGUUCCUCCUUUCUUGCCAUCAACGACUGAGAGUAAUUCUGGUGUUUUUGAAUUGAAUAGCAAAGUGAAACCAACUUCGGAUGCUGUUUUUAAUUUCAUUAAACGUUUUGAUCCUAAUUCUUCUGAUUCUAUCAAAACCGCAAUGACAAAGACUGAAAUUAUCGAUCUCAACCAUCACCUACCUGAAGGACAGAUCAGCUCAGAGGAAGAUCGGAGUCCAAGAAAAAAUAAAAACUUCGGUAAUAACUUUAAUAUACUCCAAAGUAGUAGUAAAACUAGUGCUUCAGAAGGAUCAAGAUUCAAUACUGUUAAUAUAAAACCGAAUAUUGAUUCUAAUACAGAAUCAUCUAACAUUCAAGUAGCAUCACCAUCUAAAGAACUAUUACCACCCAAGUUUGAUAUUACUCCAAAGAUUACAACUACUAUGGGGCCUCCUAUUUACUAUGAAUGGAAAUGGGCAGUACCUGCAUUUGACUUGGAACCUCCCAAACUUAGCAAUGAAACAAACUCGACUACUCCAAAACCUGUUAAGCAACAAAAAAGACCUUUCAGUGUCAUAACUCGAUCUACGCCGAAAGAAGUUGAUCCCACUCCUCGUAACACUGAAUAUAACAUCAGCUCAUAUUUUGUCCCAGAUUACGUAUUUCCAUUAGACAGUCCACAUCCAGGGUAUGAGGAUGAAAAUGCGCAAACGUCCUUCCAAGUACACGUACCUCGGCCUGGUAGAGAAAGUUAUGGGGAAAACCCAACUUGUCCUCAAUGCCACCCAGCUUACCUCAAUCCUGGUACUUGCGAACCUUGCAUUGUCAAGCGG